CCCGGUCCCCUGGAGGCCCUCCGGCAGCGUGAGUGGCUGCUCAACAUGCAGGAGCACCAAGAGAUUCAGUGUCUAGAGGCGGCUGUGAACCGCAGGCAGGCCAUGGAGGAGCGGCAGAUCUCUUCCGGAAGCAGGAGAAAAACAGAAAGUAGCAUUGGAGCAUCUGAGCCUUUGGAUGCCCCAGCACACUCUGAAAAAGGGAAGACUGCUGAUUCUCCAAAAGCUUCCCCCAGGUCUAACUCUCCCCAGAGGGAUUCCCCCAGAAGAAACUCCCCCAGAAGAAAUUUGCCUAGAAGGAAUUCGCCCAGGAGAAACUCGCCCAGAAGGAACUUGCCCCAGAAAAAGCCUCACAGGAACAAGUCUCCAAGGAAGAGUUCACCAAUAAAGACCUCGUCAACAGAAACCUCACUAAGGAGGAACUCACCAAGGAGGAACUCACCAAGGAGGAACUCACCAAGGAGGAACUCUCCAAGGAGGAACUCUCCAAGGAGGAACUCUCCAAGGAGGAACUCUCCAAGGAGGAACUCACCAGGGAGAUAUUCCCCAAAAAGAGACUUGGCAAAGGGGAACCUUCCAAGAAGGAGGUCACCAGGGAGGCACUCUCCAAGAAGAAACUCCACAGGAAGAAACUUUAGAAGGACAAACUCUCCAAAGAACAAUUUUCCAAGAGAAAACUCGCCGAGCGGGAACUCCCAUGGAAAAAGCUCGCCCAGAAGAAGUUCGUUCCGAAGAUGCUCCCCUAGGAAUUCUCCAAGGAGAGGCUCCCUGGGGAGAAACUCGCCCACCAGAAAUUCAUCGAGGGGCCAUUCGAUCGAAAGAACUCGUACAAGCCUAGUUUCUCCGAGAAGUCUUCCAGGAAGCAACUCAUUAAGGAGUUCCUCUCCCCAGAAACCUUCCUCAGUGAGACCUCCAGGUUUGGAGGUAGACCCCCCCAGAAUGUCCACUGGAAGUUCUGGCUCUAAGCUCUCCGACAGAAGCAGCCUUGGCCAAGAGCCAGAAAGUGCUUCCUCACAAGACAAGGCAGCUUCAGAGAAAGGGUCUUCCCCAGAGAGGAGGGCAUUCCUAGACAAGAGGACAUUUCCUGACAGGAAGUCAUUCCCAGAAACGAGAACAUUUCCAUUGAGGAGUACCUCCCCAGAGAGAAGGGCUUCCUUUGAGAGCAGGUUUCCGAGGGAUGUUUCUCCGGAGAGCCUGUCCUCUUCUCGAAGCAGUCCUGUGGUGCAUCAGCGGGGUGCUGCAUUGGGGCACCGAAGGCCAAGGAGAGCCGGUCCCAGAAGGCCCACUUUUUGGACUCCCGAAACUGUGGUGGCACACAGCCUGGAGCCUCUGGAUGUGAACGUGUGGGAGGAGCGACAGCAUCGGGGGCAGCCGCUGUGCGGUCCCGCGCCCAUCACCCCGGAGGACGAGAGCGCCAUGCUGGCCAGAGCGUUGGAGCAGAGCUGCCUCGACAGCCCUCCCACCAGGCAGUUUCCCGAGGACGAAGAAGAACAGCUCCUGCAGGUCAUAGAGCGGUCCAAGCGGGACGUGGGUCCCAGUGCUGCCACCUGUCCCAGUCCUGUCCAAGAGGAGCCACCGCCCACGACUGCCGUUCCUUCGCCACUUCCCGGGGGCUGCUCCCCCGCCUCCGAGUGCACUUCCGCCUCGUCCGGCGGCUCCUCGCACGGUUCAGGAGCUUUUCCUUGGACGUCCCACCAGCGCAAGGACCACUGGCAGCAUCGAGGUGGUUAUUCACGGACCCCCAGGGCGUACCAUCAUGGCGGAGGGGGUCAAAGGAACUUAGGACCUUCCACCUGGCACGGCCAGAAUGGCUUGCGCCAUCGAGCCGGAUGGUGUGACGGCCAGCGAAGGAACUCGUGGGAAAACCGGGACCUUAAAGAGGAUCGUCAUGGGCCUAACCAGCAGCACGAGCCAGAAGAGAACUGGAAAGAGAAGAUGCUGGCACGUCAUCCGGGAUCGCAGAACAGAACUCUUGCGUGUCAGCAGGAAUCCCAAAGCACGUUCCAUCAAGAGGAGCAGCGUGGAUACUCCAUGCCUGACCGGAAUCCUCUUGCGGCCCAUCGGGCGCGGUCGGGCGCCUCCUCCCCUUCCCACUUGAGAACCAUUGCACCGUCUGCGUCGUGCGACGGGCUGCAGGAUCUUCCGGACACAGUGACGGUGGUGGGGACCAUUGACGCACGCAAUCUGAUGCGUUCCAAGGGGGACGGGGAGCCAGGGGAUUCCUCUGGUGCCCCUAGGAAGGAAGAGAAUGCCGACAUGAGCUUCGACCAGUGGUUGUCCUUGUGUGGCAAGUACAUGCCCCUGCUGACCAGGGGCAUGAUGGAGGUGCAAAAGUCGUGCGUGGCCGUGCAGAACAUGGGCAUGAAUGGGGCCUUGUACGCUCCCCCGGACGGCACUCCUGUCCCCUUCAUGCCACACAGCUUGCACGCUCCCCACAUGGCGGGUAUGUCGCAGGCUCCGCCCAGUGCCCAAGUGACGACCGCCUUCCACUAUGACCAAAGCAGGGUGGCCCUCGUACGGGCGCCCACUUGGGGGACAUCCGAAUGUGCGCCGUACCUCCCCGGCGCCGAGUUUAGGCUGUCGUGUCCAUCGCCGCCCGUGCUGUCUCCCCCCUUUGUGACUGACGGUUUCCUACUCCAGCAGCAGCCGCAGCCGCAGCAGCUUCAUUCUCCCGCGGUGCCUUCCAGCACACUGAACCCUCAGGCGCAGCCGUUCCAGCCCCCCGUGCCACCUCUUCCAAGCCGGAGGGGUGGCAGCCAGCCCCAGCAGCUGCAGCGUCCUCACGGACUGGGGCCCCCCGGUCGGGGCACUUCGUCCCACGGCCGGGGGAGGGGCCGUUUCGACCUGCCUCACCACGGCCGCCUGAGACGGUAGGGUGACGGUGGCGAUCCGGAGUUCAGCCAGCCACCCCACAUGCGUUGCUGACCGUCGUGGUCCUUGCUGCACGUGGGUACCUUCAACUCAUUUGAAUGUGUGUGGGGAGACAUCUUCAUAACAAAGUGCCUAAAACUGUGAACAUUACCGUGGAAGAGGAUUAAUUUCAUCGGACAGAUUCAGGAUGCCUUGUUGGUCACAACAUGAAAUAAAUACUAGAGUUCAUUUUGGUU